AUGUUUGACGUCAGUUCACUAAUACAUCUUGGAAAUAACAACUCAAUAAAAAAAUGUAUUACAGGUGAACUGUACAUGUAUAUAUCAAAAAAAAAAAAAGUCAAGGAACAUUAUCCUUUCACAUAUCUCCAAAAAAAUAUCACAACGAAAGAAAAUGAUGAUUAUUAUGCAAGUUUAGAAGUUUCAUGUAAAGGAAAUUUUAAAUGGAUAAAAUGCAUUUGUUUUAUUAAAGCAAAUUUUUUUUAUGUGUAUAAAUCAAAGGGGGACUACAGACCGUAUGUUGUCUUCUUGUUAGAGGGUAGUCAAGUACAAACUAUCAAUUAUCAUUUAGCAUUGAAAAAUAAAGUGAUUGAAGAUAUAGGUGAUAUUAAUUUAGGACAGAAUGAAGAUAUUAUACAAAUAAAAACUUGUCCGUAUAUUGAAGAUAACAUUUAUACAUUUUAUCAAAGUGAUAAAGGGCUUUUAAAAAAAUGGGUAAAGACUUUGAAUAAUUCAAAUUUUACAACAAUAAAUAACAACAUAAAAAUUUUAAUAGAAGAAAAUGAAGACAUAAAAAGUAAUGCAGAUAAUGUCAAAAAACUUAAAGAUAUUGAAAUAAAAAAUAGGGAUAUCGAAAUAGCUACCUUGAAUGAGAGAAUAAGAUCCUUGAAGGUGGACGUAGAAAAUAUAAGGACGAAAAAUAAGCGCCUGCAAAUAGCAGCUGAUGUGAACAUCAAAAGUGCAGAUGAAUUUUUGCAGAAAAAAAUAACAGAAAUUGAGUUUAUACAUAACGAAAUGGGCUUAAAAAUUGAAGAAAAUAAGGAACUUAAGGAGAGAAUAAAAAACUUGACAAAUGAAUCUGAAAAGAAGAUAAAACUAAUGAAUGACUUAAAAAUGGAAAAUAGCGUACUAGAAAAAAAAAUAAAAGAUAUAAUGAUAACAUAUGAAGAAGCUUGUACAGAACCAGAGAAAAUAACAUUAAUUAAUUUUAACACAAAUAAAAGAUAUCAAAAGAUAGUAUUAAAUAAUAAAAAUUUAAAAGAGGAAAUAAACAAAAUGAAUGAACGUUUUUAUGAACUAGAAGAUAGAUAUAAGGAAAAAAUAAAAACAAUAAAAGAAAUUGUUGAAAUUGGAGAUAUAUUUGAUUAUUUACAUAAAUUAAUUAUUUUAUGUCAGACAAAAAUAAAAUUUUAUGAACAGUGUUAUAAAUAUAAUGAAGAAGAACAGAAGGAAUUAAUAAGCUCACUUGAAUAUAUGAUAAAAGAAACAAAAUUAUCUGAAACAAAUGCAAGGGUAUGUUAUAUAACACAUAGAUCAAAAAUAUUAGAAGAGAGAUUACAGUAUUAUACAAAACAUAAAUUGCCAUCUGACUACUUUUAUUUUGCAUGUACAACCUUAAGGAGAUUAGGUUGGGUAUUUGGUGAAAUAGAAGCAUUAACACCUCUUCAGAUAGAUAAGAAUGAAGUUUAUCCUUUAUAUUCUUAUAUAGACGAUAUGAAUGUAAUACCAAUGCGUGAGCAAAUUUAUUUUAAUGAAGGUAUUGAAGGAAGAUCGAAUUUCCAAAUAGUAAAUGAUGUGGAUAUUUAUUCCAUGCCUAUUAAAAUGUGUCCAUAUGAACAAAAAAUUUUAAGUGAUAAUAAAUAUGAUUACAUAAAAAUUAAAUUAAAUGAUUUAAAAAAUGAUUUUAAUAUUCUUAAAAAAAAAACAAAGCCUCAAAAUAGUUGUAUGAUAUCCGAUUUACAAUGGUCGGAAAUUAAAAAAAAUGCGUACGACAGAUUAGAAAAAAAUAUGAUCAUUCUGAACAGGCAAAUUUCCGAGCAAAAAUCCAAGUUCUAA